CCAGCGCCCGGCACCUGCAGAACUACAGAGCCCACAGAGAAAUGGAGAGAAAGAGCAGGCUCGAUAAUGAGAUGAAUUGUUUGUACUCGAAAUCCCCGGGCGCUCACAUUGAGAAAUAAGUGAGUGAGGAACCAGCGCCAUUCAUGUAUGCACCGCGCGAGCGCUGCAGUUCAGCACCAAAGGCUCGUGGACAGCGCGCGGAGAUUCCGGGUUAGCACAUUUCCGUGAAUUCAACCUGUGGCACUCUUUUAAAAUUUCGAAUUCCUUAUCUUGAACGGGGAGGGAAUUUUUAAAAUCCGGAGUUUUAAAGAGGUCUUAAAACCACAGCUUCGGCGUAAAAACUAGUCUGCGCGAGACAGCGAAGCAGCGAUUCUAACAGCCUUGGUUGUGUGCUACAGGAUUUCCGAACGCACCCUGGUCCUCCACAGCGGCUUUUUUUGAGAUGAAGUGCGUUUCGCGGUGAGCAGGUGUGUGAGGCGUCGGAGUUGUCUGACGAGGCGGUCGGAGGGCAGUGGAGCUGCCGAAAAGCCCGUCCAUUCAGAAGGAUGCUGGUGGGAAAUGCCUGGAGACAGAGAGGACGAGAUUUGUCAGAAGGCGCUGGAACUCUUGUCGGAUCUCUGCUCUAAGGGCGAAGUGCAAAGCGACAGCUGCUUGGAUUUCAUAUACUAUUUUCGCGAUCUUGCCAGACCGAGAUAUUCGGACUCAGAUGUGUCGGUGAGCCUGCUGUCCCUGGUGGUGACGGCCUGCGGCCUGGCCCUUUUCGGGGUGUCCCUCUUCGUGUCCUGGAAGCUGUGCUGGGUGCCCUGGCGGGGCCGCUGCCUCCUCCUGGUGGGCAAGGACGGGCAGGCGGAGCGGGAGACCGUCUACUCCGACGCCGACGCCGCCGACGAUGAGUACGGGCCGGACUGCGCCAAGGAGGCGGCGCUCGCGCCUGCGCCGGAGUCCGCCAUGAAGAUCAGCCACACCUCGCCCGACAUCGCGCUGGAGGCCCAGUCCAAGGACAAGGAGAACUGCGUCCACAGUGCCCGCAUGCAGCGGCAGAUCACCGAGCCCACCUCGUCCGCGCGGCACAACUCCAUCCGGCGGCAGAUGAACCUGUCGAACCCGGACUUCAACGCGGCGCAGUUCCAGCGGCAGGAGUCCCUGCCGGGCCUGGGCCUGGGCCUGGGCCUGGGCCUGAGCCUGGGCCGGAUCAAGCCCGAGCUCUACAAGCAGCGGUCGGUGGACGGCGACGAGGGCCGGCGGGGCGGCGGCUGCGGGCGCCUGCACCUGGUCCUCAAGUACGACUGCGACCUGGAGCAGCUCAUCGUCAAGAUCCACCGGGCGCAGGACCUGCCCGCCAAGGACUUCUCGGGCACCUCCGACCCCUACGUGAAGAUCUACCUGCUGCCCGACCGCAAGACCAAGCACCAGACCAAGGUGCACCGCAAGACUCUCAACCCCGUCUUCGACGAGGUCUUCCUCUUCCCCGUGGCCUACGGCGAGCUGGCCACGCGCAAGCUGCACUUCAGCGUCUACGACUUCGACCGGUUCACCCGCCACGACAUCAUCGGCCAGGUGGUGGUGGACAACUUCCUGGAGCUGAACGACUUCCCGCGGGAGACCAGGCUCUGCCGGGACAUCCAGUACGUCACCUCGGAUAACGUGGACCUGGGAGAUCUGAUGUUCUCGCUCUGCUACCUUCCCACGGCCGGGCGGCUCACCAUCACGAUGAUCAAGGCGCGGAAUUUGAAGGCUAUGGAUAUCACGGGCGCGUCAGAUCCUUACGUAAAGGUUUCCCUAAUGUGUGAAGGACGGAGGCUGAAGAAAAGAAAAACAUCCACAAAGAGGAACACGCUGAACCCCGUCUACAACGAAGCCAUAGUCUUUGAUGUCCCGCCAGAAAACAUCGACCAAAUUAGCCUUUUAAUAGCUGUGAUGGACUACGACCGCGUAGGUCACAAUGAGGUCAUCGGGGUGUGCCGGGUGGGAAACGAGGCUCCGGGUCAGGGCCGGGACCACUGGGGCGAGAUGCUGAUGUACCCCCGAAAACCCAUCGCCCACUGGCACCCCCUGGUGGAGUGGGUGGGGCAAGGGACCACAGGCGGGAGCCAAGGAGGGUCCUGCAAUUCUCUGAAACCUCCACCAUCUCCAUAGUUGGAACCCCGCCCCCUCCCCCCCAGGGCCGUGAUGGGGGAAGGGCGAAUCCAGAGCAACAAAUGCCACAAAAGAAAACACAGAGUCCAAGGUCAUCGCAGACGUGCACACGCUUUCAGAAGAAGACGACUUGAACCCCAUCCAUUCUGUGCCUAAAGGAGAGAUGUCUUUGCAUGGGGACGUUGAUUCAGUUGCAUGUUGAGUGGUCAUCCCUCAUUUUUUUCUAUUCAGUAAAAAAAAAGAUAGAUGAACAAAAAUCUAAAGAUGCUACAGUUUUAUGAGAGCUUUAGUUUGAGAGUAAAUGUUUUCUACAUGGUCUUGGUGGUUUUUUUUUUUGGUUUUUUUAAAACACGCAUCUGCACCUCACAUUGUUAUUAUUAUCAAUUGAAAUCAUGAAAGGUUGGAUUUCUUUGGAUACAGUGCAUGGGUUCUUUUUUUGUGGGAAAGUUUCAAUUUUUGAUUCUCUUUGUUCAGCUUUUUGAGUUCAAAUAUGUGACAAAUUAUAUGAACACACGUGAAAUGUAAUGUGGGUAUUUAUUUAUUUAUUUGUUUAUAGACCUAGUGUGUAAAAUGUCCUUUAA